GCGUUUGGUUGUCACUCGUGGUGAUUCGAAAGCUCUGUCAGUGCUGGGCCCGGAGAGACUUUAGCCCUUCCUUGGAAAAAAGAUGAUUAAAACACCCAGCAGUGUUUGGAGUUGCUCAUAGCUCGAAGAUGGGGAAUCCUGUUCCUUCAGAAAGCUGUGUCUUCCUCUUCCUGAAUUAAAGGAAGUACUGCUGCGCUCCUUAAAAAUUGCAGCUAGAAUUUGAAGGUGUGUCCCAUCCAUCAGUGAGGAAACUGCUUCUUGCCCCAAGACUGUAUCCAGAAAAGUUAAAAGCGUGAAAGUAGCUCAGGAAUCAAGUGACUGCCUUGAAGUUGCGCCUAGGGCGGAAUCAGAAAUGAUGCAGUCGGUUCUGCGCCUCAGUGACCUCUCCACCGAGGAUGACGAUCCCACUUGCUGCAAGAUUAACAAAUAUGAAAAGAAGAUAGACAGCCUGAUGAAUAUGGUGGGAACACUGAAGAAAGAGGUCAAGAUGCAGCAAAUGGAGGAGCAGGAGGAAUUCACAAAGCGUCUCCUGGAGGAGCAGAAAGAAGAACUGCAUGAGGUCACACAAGAGCUGGUAGAAACAGAGAAUGAGAACUCGCGGCUGAGGCGCAACAUCGAGCGCAUAAAGGAGGAGAAGGACCUGACUGUGCUACAGAAGGAGUGCCUGCAGCAGGAGAAGGAGUGUUUGAUGACCAAGCUGAAUGAAGCAGAAAGGGAUGGAGCAGCAGCUGCCAGACAGAUCAGUGCCCUGAAGAAUACCAUUGGGAGACUCAACAUUGAGAAACACAUGAGCAGCACAGAUAUAAAUGCUCUAACAAGACAGAAAGAGCUUCUGCUCCAGAAAUUGAGCACCUUUGAAGAAACCAACCGGACACUCCGAGAGCUUCUUGCAGAGCAGCAAUGCCGCGAGAAAGAUGCCCAGAAGGUACUGGAUCGUCAGGCAUUGCUGCUGAAAAGGAUGGCUGACACAGAUGCAGAGAACAUGCAACUUCAGAUCAGGCUUCAGGGAAGAGAAAAAGAACUGGAAAGCCUCACAGUUCAGAUAGUGGCAGAAAAGGAACAGGCAAAGAAAGCAAUUGAACUCUCCAGAGCUAUGGAGCAAAUGAAAGCCCAUUUACAAGCCCAGCUGCGAAACAAAGAAUCUGAGAACACCCGCCUGCUCACACAGCUGCGGAAUGUGGAGAUGAGUGAGUCUCAGCUUAAGGAAGAACUGGAGCUUGCCAUGGAGCAGUUGAACGACGUGAAGAACAAGAUGGAUGGUGACAAAGAGGCCCUGAAGAAAGCAGUCCGUGCACAGAAAGAGCGAGCGGAGCGGAGUGAGGAGUAUGUGCAAAAACUGACUACCCAGCUAACAGAAAAGGAGAACUGUAUUGCUGAAUGCCGGAGCACUCUUGAGAGCUGGAGGAAUCGCUGCACCAAAGUAACAAAGGAGAAGGAUGACCUUGAACUGGAAGUCGUUUCACUGAACAGCCGUAUUGCAGACUUGGUGGAGCAACUGGCAAAGGUCCAGGAGAAGACACGGGACGAAAAUGAAAUUUUGAUGGAUAGAGUGCACCAAAUGACUGGAGAGAACUGUACUUUAAGGAAGGAUAAUGAAAGACUAAAGUCUGCUCUGAAUGCAAUGGAGGACAAGCUGAACCAAGCACAGAUAGAAUUGCAGCAACUCCAGAACUCAGUCAGGAGCUACGAAGGGUUGAUUGAAAACUACACAGCACAGGCACAGAAGGCCCGAAAGGAAGCAGACGAGCUGGCAGCAAGACUGGAGAAGUGUGAAAAAGAGAACAAGACAUUAAAGGAGGAAACGAACAAGAAGCUUGAGGAGGCUCGUGAGAAGUUCCAGGACCAGCUUGCUGAACUGGAGAAGCUGCCUGAGCUCCUUAAGUACACUGAGACACAGCUGGCAGAGUGCCAUCAGCAGCUCAUGGGUUAUGAGAAGAAGAACACGGACCUGUGUGUCAUGAUUUCAGAUCUCCGUGAGCUGAUUGACCUCCAGGGGGACAAAAUGGAGAUGACAAGAGAGAGAUAUCAGUCUGCCCAAGAGGAGAAAAAGCAACUCACCUUGAAGGUGGAGGAGCUAGAAAGAAAACUAGAGUCCACGAAUGCCCAGAACAUAGAAUUCCUUCAGGUCAUAGCAAAACGUGAGGAGUCAAUCCACCAGUGUCAGCUGCGGCUGGAGGAGAAGAGCCGUGAGUGCAGCUCCCUGGCACGUCAGCUGGAGAUGGCCAUUGAGGAUGCCAAAAGACAAGUGGAACAAGCUCGAGAGCGAGCAGUCUCCAGGGAGAGGGCAGCCCAGUCCAAGGUGUUGGAUUUGGAGACCAAGCUGAGCAGGAAUAAAACAGAGCUGAACCAGUUGCAUCGGAGCAAAGAGGAUGCAGAGCGCCGAUACGAAAGCCGCCUCCAGGACCUGCGGGAUCGGCUGGAGCAGUCGGAGAGCACCAACCGCAGCAUGCAGAACUACGUCCAGUUCCUCAAGUCUUCCUACGACAAUGUUUUUAGGGAAAGUGCUUUUCUGGGCUCCCCCAGCCACACUCGCUCUCUUCUCUGAGGGCAAUGCUCUACU